UUUUUUGUUCCUUUUGUUUUAUUAAAUGUCAGUUUAUUCAUAUCAUGGGGAAAGAUUAUUACCAAAUCCUAGGUCUGAAUCAAACCGCAACAGACGAUGAAAUCAAGCGGGCUUAUCGCCGACUGGCACUUAAGUACCACCCUGAUAAGAAUCAAUCAGCCGAUGCUGAUUCCCGCUUUCGGGAAAUUGCCGAAGCCUAUGAAGUGCUUUCAGACAAACGUAAACGUGACAUAUUCGACCGCUACGGCGAAGAAGGUCUCAAAGGUGGUCCAACCGGGCAAACUGAUGGUACAGACGGAAGCACCCACUUCCAUUACGAAUUUCACGGUGAUCCACGUGCUACCUUUGCGCAGUUCUUCGGCAAUUCAAACCCAUUUGGUUCAUUUUUUGGUGAUGAUGACUUUGGUAUGUUUUCAUUUACUGGUGGUGGCCCAACGUUACAAUCGGAUAGAACUCUACAACAAGACAAUGCAAUUGAGCACGAGAUCCAGGUCAGUCUAGAGGAGGUACUCCUUGGAGUGUGUAAAAAGAUGCGCGUGACUCGGAAGAUCUAUGAUUGUCGAGGUGCGUUCAAAACGGAAGAAAAAUUACAUGAGAUCUACGUUAAACCCGGUUGGAAAGCGGGUACCAAGAUUACCUUCGCCAAGGAAGGUGACAGAUAUCCGAAUCGCAUACCAGCUGAUAUAGUUUUUGUAAUUCGGGACAAACCACAUUUGUUGUUUGGUCGGUCAGGUGAAGAUAUCACUUUCCGAGCGAAGAUUACCCUCAAACAAGCGUUGUGUGGAUUUUCCAUGAACAUACCCACUUUACAACCGUCUGAUGGUAAUAUCCUCUUGAAGAUUGACAAGGAGAUAAUCACUCCCCGGACGGUAAAGAAAUUCAACGGAUAUGGUUUACCUUUCAUAAAAGACCCAUUGAGACGUGGUAGUCUUGUGGUGACCUUUGAUAUUGUCUUUCCUCAACAGUUGACUACUGAUCAGGCUGGUGUUCUGCGAGAAAUUCUGUAACCUCUAGUGAAUACAUUAAAAGUUGUGAAAAGUCAA